CUCGAAUGAGACUGGCAACUUACAACCAAGUUACUUUCGUUGAGUGACAGUGAGUCAUAAUCAGAAUACACUGUAUCUGGCUAUUCCGUUAUAAUAGUUCUUGAGCCUUUUGGGGUUUCUUGUGGUUACUUUUCGCAUGUCACUCGUCUUUCGAUCGCUCUCCUACGUCGCGCGGCGGAACCUGAGGGCAGCCUGCCCUUUGGUGGAAUCACCGUCAAUGUGCGAUACCAUUUUCUGGAACUUCGGCGGAUGUGUUGACGAUUCCGUCAAAAGCAAACCUCGACAUGGACAGUUACGUUGGAAGCACGGUGCAAAAAUGGGUCACCACCUGGACACCCUCGACGAGAUGGCGCAUUCCAAUUCGCGUAAAGAAGCCCAGGAACGUCGCAAAAAGAAAAAAGGCAAGAAAGAGUCCAAGGAAGUCAAUAGUGCACCAAAGAACCACAAACCAGGCGAGUCCGAUUCUUUCAUCGGCUGGGACGAGGAAGCGGAAGAAGACGAUGAAGACGAGGACGAAACCGUGCUGCCGGAUCCCGCGCAAGUCAAGAUCCGUAUGACUAAGGUAGUCGACUCCUUUGUUACCAAACUGAAAACAAUUCGGGGUUCUGAACCCACCGCCGAUAUUUUUGACGACAUUCAGGUCGACGCCUACGGUUCACACGCCCCUCUGAACUCGGUCGCACAAGUCGUGAUUUCAUCAUCAACUUUGGCACAGGCAACCUGCUAUGAUCCGGAGUUGGCUAAGAAUGUUGGUGUCGCGAUUCGGGAUAAGUUGGAAUUGAAUCCAUCCGUUGAGGAAGGCGGGGUCGUGCGCAUCCCGCUACCGCGCGUGUCGCUGGAAGUUCGCCAACAAACGGCCAAGGCCCUGACUAAACACACGGAAAAGUACCGACAACGUGUACGUACUAUCCGCCGGAAUGUCCUCAAGGUCGUGAAGCAAGGCGAGGCUGGAAAGUUAGAAGGUAUUUCCAAAGAUGACGCGUUCCGAGCUCAAAAAGAAAUCGAGGAUGUUACGGAAAAAAUCAUGGUCAAGCUGAACGAGGCUGCCGAACAAAAACACAAGGCAAUAAUGGCUCUUUAA